CCGAAGGCUUCCCGUUCUAGUUCCACUGAGCGCUGACCGACCUACGUCAGCGUCGCCUCAUCCAACCCCUCCCCCGCCGUGCCACGCCUCUUACACUUGAUUGGGCGGUGGGCGUAGGUUCUGGGUUCGUGAGGCGUUGUGGGCGGGGCCGGGGGCGCGCGCUGAUGCCUGGCGGUGGGGUUUGGGCGCGAGGCGCUGGUGCGCGGGAGACAAACGGAGAGAGCGGGAAAAGGGACAGGCGCGCGUGGCUAACCCGGAUCACGGAGGAUCGCGGGACCACCACCCCCAGGGAAGAGCCACCGGGAGCAGCGGGCACACACGCCGCCCACAAAGACACCGUCACCACCGACCCGGUGCUGUACCCAUCUGCGUGCUUCCAGCAGUGUCUGUGCUCAGUGUGGCAGCGUCCUCACAGGCAUCAUGGCGAAGGUGCAAAUACUCAACAUGGUGGUCCUCGACAACCCCUGCCCAUUCCGCAACCCCUUCCAGUUCGAGAUUACCUUUGAAUGUAUAGAAGAUCUGCCAGAUGAUCUGGAAUGGAAAAUAAUAUAUGUGGGUUCAGCAGAAAGUGAGGAUUAUGACCAAGUUCUAGACUCUGUACUGGUAGGCCCAGUCCCUGCCGGACGUCACAUGUUUGUGUUUCAGGCAGAUGCUCCAAAUUCAAGCCUUAUCCCAGAGUCUGAUGCUGUGGGGGUUACGGUCGUCCUAAUCACAUGCACAUACAGAGGACAGGAGUUCAUCAGAGUCGGCUAUUAUGUCAAUAAUGAGUACUCUGACCCUGAGCUGAGAGAGAAUCCACCGUUGAAGCCAGACUUCAGUCAGCUUCAAAGGAACAUCCUGGCAUCAAAUCCACGUGUGACACGCUUUCAUAUCAAUUGGGAUAGUGCUAGUGAAUCAAAGAUGGAAGAUAUUGAAAAUGUGGACCCUGCCUCCCAUGCUAUGCUACCCCCGUCUUGUGCCCCCACUAAGGGCCUCACUGGUGCACUUAACACAAUCCCAGAGAACUCAAUGGACUGCAUAUAAGUACUGUAAUGCUGGGGCGUGCAAGCCUACCAAGGAAAUCUGCUUACAGUCAACUAUUUAACCAUGCCCUUUCCCCCUUAAAAAAAAAAAAAAGUUAAAAAGAACUAAAUAGCAGCGGCAACUUCCGAAUCAGAGUAUGAUCUGUUUGGCCACUGCCAACCUUUCUAUUUUGCAUGAUGUCCUCAGGCUCCAGAGUCUCUAUCUUGAAGGUAAUAAUAAUCUGCUACUAAAGUAAAUUUGAGGAAGAUUUGCCUAGUCAAGUGUAGCUUUGGCUAGAAUUCCUUUCUCUAUAUUUCCUUAUUGAUGGUCUGAUACUGCCUUCUGUUAGGUGGCUAAUAUGGUUCUGCCAGAAGAUGUCCAGGAUUAAUAGCACUUGGAUUUUUGAUAAAUGGGGCAUGUGAUUCUACAGGGAUCACCCCUCUCACUGUUCAGCUGAUUGACGCUGGCAGAGAUCGUAGCUCCAUACACCUGCCCAUCAUGAAACGCUAAAGGAGAUCUUCCAGUUUAGUUUGUUCUGACUGCAGUCCUUUGUUAUAGUAGAUAUUAAUUUCUGUGGGCACAGCUGUAUUUCCUCUCCUUCUGUGAGACACUGCCAUCUCUAAAUUCUAGUGCAGCAUUCCUGCAACAGGAACUUUUUUUAUUAUUAUUAUUACACACUAGCACGUCUUUGUCUCCUGCAAUGAAUAAGUGAGAAAUUGGUGGUGUCCAAUGAAAGCUGUAUUGUUUGCGUUGUGAUUAGAGCCAAAACUUUCUGCACACAAAGGACUAUUCCCAGGAGUUGGAUAUACCUUCUGAUUGUCAUGAUACACGGGGAGGAACUCCUCAAAGUGCAGUCUACUUCUGGUGCUCUCUCCUCAUGUAGAGGAAUAGAAUAAGCACUUACCAACUCCUGCUCCAAGCUCAUUGUGGCCAAAGCCACCACCUCAAGAGCGUACCUCGCACUCCACCGGGACUGUCCAUUCACAGACCAUAGGAAACCACCUCAGCUCGUACAGCACUCGGGUUCUUUAUACCACAAUUUUAAGGCAGAUUUGUUUGAUGUUCCUGCCUCCAGCAUUCUCAUUUUGUUACUGUGGCACAUCUUAAAGCCAUGUGUAUUUUCUUAUUUUAUAUAUUUGUGAGUAGGAAUUUCCAUAAAUAAAAGCACUUGAGCAGGGUGUACCAAUGUUCUCGUAUGUUCCCUGUAUCAGCGCUUUGGAAUUAUGCUGUAAUUGUAUCUAUUUGUGUAACUGGUUAUUGAUAAUACCAUUUGUAAUGUUAAAUAUCUUUCCACUUCCAUGCUUUGGCACAUAGAUUCUAUGUGUGGUAUGUAUAUAGAUUUCCUGUAUGGUAUGUAUAUUUGUGGAAAUAGCUGUGGAAGAUACCCUGAUCUUCCUUCACUACGGAAGCUGUUAUAGGACACUCUUCAACCAGGAACGAAAAAAUAUAACAUGUCAUUCUUGUGUUACAGCUUUCCCUGGUUGCCUUCAGCCAGACAUUACCCUCAUCAUGGGUAACUUGAUCAUCCUCCAGGGCAUAGAGAUCUAGAUCUAUAGGGAAAGCGGUCUGUCUAAUAUUGCUGCUGAAAACACUAUUUGUCACAAGCUGUCUUUGUUCUGUGGUAGACCAUUUCCAUUGUUUUCUAGAACAAAUAUAUAGGCUAAGGAUGAUAUGGACUAAUCUGAACAAAAUAAAAGUCCUUCACUUGUUUGAUUGCAGCAAAAUAA